UUCGGAAUUGCCACUACUAGGGCUAAAGUAUCUGUUCUCAAACUCUUCCCCAAAGCUCACAUCACUCUCUCCUUCCUUGAACUCUUCAUUUCAAUUUUCCUCGUCGGAUCCAUAUAAAGAUCCGCUACUUUUUCUACCGGCGCCGGAACAAUGGCGCUGGCGUUCGAUGAGUACGGCCGACCGUUCAUUAUUCUAAGGGAGCAGGACCAGAAAACCAGAUUGCGCGGCCUCGAUGCGCAGAAGGCGAAUAUCGCCGCCGGGAAAGCGGUGGCGCGGAUCCUUCGCACCUCUCUAGGGCCGAAAGGCAUGGAUAAGAUGCUUCAGAGCCCUGACGGUGAAGUCACCAUAACAAAUGAUGGUGCAACGAUCUUGGAGCAGAUGGAUGUGGACAAUCAGAUUGGUAAGCUAAUGGUUGAGUUGUCGAGGAGUCAAGACUAUGAAAUCGGUGAUGGAACGACUGGAGUUGUUGUUAUGGCCGGUUCACUUCUAGAACAAGCUGAGAAGCUAUUGGAGCGUGGUAUCCACCCGAUACGAAUCGCUGAAGGAUAUGAAGUUGCUUCGAGGAUUGCUUUCGAACAUUUGGAGCAGAUUGCUAAUAAGUUUGAAUUCAGCGCAGCAAAUGUUGAGCCCUUGAUUCAGACUUGUAUGACUACUUUAUCCUCCAAGAUUGUGAAUAGGUGCAAGCGCAGUUUGGCGGAGAUUGCAGUUAAAGCAGUGCUUGCUGUUGCAGAUUUAGAGAGGAGGGAUGUCAAUCUAGACUUAAUUAAAGUCGAGGGGAAAGUGGGAGGAAAGCUGGAGGACACUGAACUAAUAUAUGGGAUUAUUGUCGACAAAGAUAUGAGUCAUCCGCAAAUGCCGAAGCAAAUUGUGGAUGCAAAUAUUGCUAUUCUAACUUGCCCCUUUGAGCCCCCGAAGCCCAAGACUAAACAUAAGGUUGAUAUUGAUACUGUGGAAAAAUUCCAGACUUUACGUCAACAAGAGCAGAAGUACUUCGACGAUAUGGUUCAAAAAUGCAAGGAUGUUGGGGCUACUUUAGUCAUCUGCCAAUGGGGUUUCGAUGACGAGGCAAACCACUUGUUAAUGAACAGAGAUCUGCCUGCUAUCAGAUGGGUUGGUGGUGUGGAGUUAGAGCUGAUAGCUAUAGCCACAGGUGGGAGAAUUGUACCGAGAUUUCAGGAGUUGACAACAGAAAAGCUAGGCAAAGCUGGUUUGGUUCGAGAAAAAGCCUUUGGGACUACUAAAGAUCGAAUGAUAUACAUCGAGCACUGUGCAAAUUCAAGGGCGGUAACCAUAUUUAUACGUGGUGGUAACAAGAUGAUGAUAGAGGAAACAAAACGCAGCAUUCACGAUGCUCUAUGUGUUGCUCGAAAUCUUAUCCGUAAUAAAUCAAUCGUAUAUGGUGGUGGCUCAGCUGAAAUUUCUUGCUCAAUUGCCGUGGAAGCAGCUGCAGAUAAGUACCCAGGAGUUGAGCAGUAUGCAAUAAGGGCAUUUGCAGAUGCAUUAGAUGCUAUACCAAUGGCACUGGCCGAAAAUAGUGGACUUCAGCCUAUCGAAACUCUAUCCGCUGUCAAAUCUCAGCAAAUUAAGGAGAACAACAGCUACUGUGGUAUUGAUUGCAACGACGUGGGGACAAACGACAUGCGCGAGCAGAAUGUUUUCGAGACGUUGAUAGGGAAACAACAGCAGAUUCUACUUGCUACCCAAGUUGUUAAGAUGAUUCUAAAGAUCGAUGAUGUCAUCUCACCGUCUGAUUAUUGAUUUCCUUCUAGUUUUCAUGCAAAAAAUUUUGAUGUUUAGAAAUAGCUUGCGAGAAUAUUUAUGUAGUUAAAUCUGAAUCGAUUGACUGUUAUCGUUUGAUUCUCUAAAGCCGCUUUGGGUGAAAUUAUUUGUGAUGGGUUUUAUUUUGUAAUGAAUUCUGUUUUUAUGGUUUUAUCAACAGCUGUUGUGUUGUUUUCAUUUU